UUACAGUUUGGUCACACCUAGCUUUUAUUUAAGAUUGACAAAUUGUAUUUAUGUUUCUUAUGCGUUUAUGCAUCGGCAUUCGUUUGAUGAAAUAUUUUUUGAUUCACCUAUUCUGCAACACAGGAAUGGAUAUACAACAGCUCGAGGUACUCUGCAAGCAGCUUUAUGAAGCAACAGACGUUAGUGUUCGGGGUGAAGCUGAAAAAGCCCUUGCACUAUUUGUAUCCAGUCAAGAUGCAUUGCAAAAAUGUCAAAUGCUUUUGGAUAGAGGAAAUUCAAGCUAUGCCCAAUUGCUAGCUGCCUCGACUUUAACCAAGCUUAUACAAGGACUCACUAUUGAACAAAGGAUUCAUAUUCGGAGCUAUACGCUAAGCUAUUUAGCUACGAGAACUAAUUUGCAACAUUUUGUUAUUCAGGCGCUAGUUACUCUUCUAGCAAAAAUUACAAAAUUAGGAUGGUUCGAUGCUUACAAAGGAGAAUUUGUCUUUCAAAACUUAUUAGAAGAUGUUAAAACAUUUUUACAGGGCUCUGUGGAGCAUUGCAUUGUUGGAGUUCAAAUCCUUUCCCAAUUGGUUUCCGAAAUGAACUCAAUAGUGGAGUUAGAUGCUCAUUUGUCUUUUUCUAAAAAUCGAAAAAUAGCCACAUCCUUUCGUGACCUCCAGCUCUACGACACUUUUCUUUUAUCGUGCUCCCUAUUGAUAACAGCUCGUGAGAAUAGCAAAAACAUAAAUUUUUCUGAUGAUUUGCAGCAAACGUUGAUGUCACAUCUACUACGUCUUACAAAAAACUGUUUGAGCUUUGAUUUUAUCGGAAGUUCGACAGAUGAAUCCGCUGAUGAUAUGAACAAUGUUCAGAUUCCAACGGCUUGGCGUCCUGCAUUCCUUGAUCCAAAUACGCUUAAGUUAUUUUUUGAUUUAUACCAUAUUUUACCAAAUGGUUUAUCUAGUUAUUCCAUUUCAUGUUUGGUUCAAAUGACUUCUGUUCGUCGGUCUCUUUUUAGCAAUUCCGAAAGGACGAAAUUUUUAACGAACUUGGUUGAAGGAGUGAAAAAUAUACUAACUAAUCUACAUGGCUUAAAUGACCCUGAAAACUAUCACGAAUUCUGCAGGUUGCUUGCUCGCCUUAAAUCAAAUUACCAAUUGGGUGAAUUGAUAGCAGUGCCUUGUUACCCAGAAGCAAUCGAACUAAUCGCAAAGUUCACCGUGCAAUCAUUGCAUUUGUGGCUUUUUGCUCCAAAUAGUGUUCAUUAUUUACUUACUCUUUGGCAACGGAUGGUAGCUUCUGUUCCAUACGUUAAGUCUCCUGAUCCACAUUUACUUGGUACCUACACACCAGAAGUUGUCAAGGCGUACAUUGAAUCACGAUUAGAUGCUGUUCCUCUUAUUGUGCGAGACAAUUUGGAGGAUCCAUUAGAUGACCUCUGUAUGGUGCAGCAGCAACUAGACCAAUUGUCUGUAAUUGAAAGAUGCGAAUAUAAUAAGACUUGUCAACUUUUAGUGCAACAUUUUGAUAUAAAAGCUCGUGAGUAUGAAAAUUUGGUUCAGAUUCCCAAUUUUAAUCCUAAAGAUGUUAUUGUACGUGAGUUGCAAUUAACUUGGUUGGUGUACAUAAUUGGAUCGGCUAUUGUUGGCCGGCUUUCUGUUACGACAAGCGACGAACAAGACACUAUGGAUGCUGAUCUAGUGAUUAGAGUUUUACAAUUAAUAAGUUUAACAGAUACUCGUUUGCCACAAGCUGGCUGCGAAAAGCUUGAGCUUGCAAUUCUAAGUUUUUUGGACCAAGUUCGCAAAAUGCAUAGUAGUGAACAGGCGCAAAAGGCAAAUGUGUACAAGAGAUUAAAUGAAGUCUUUGGACUAAGUGAUGAACAAAUGCUUUUAAGUUUUAUAAAUCGUAAAAUUAUUACAAACCUAAAGUUUUGGGGUCGAUCUGAACCGAUUAUUUCAAAGACUCUUAUGCUACUUUCGGAUCUUUCUCUUCACUUCAAUUCAGUGCGAAAGCUUGCACGACUAGAUGAAAUACAAUUUAUGCUCACACAUCACACCUGCGAACACUUUCCGUUCCUAGGAACCAACUCUUCUUUAAGUGAAAUGAAGUGCAGAACUAUGUUCUAUACAUCUUUGGGGCGGUUAUUGAUGUUCGAUUUGGGCGAAGACGAGGAGAGAUUUUACAACUUUUUGAAGCCAUUAACAAGUCAAUUUGAAUUUCUUGGAACUGUACUUAUGGAAACAAAUGGAUACCCUAACGAUGAAGCUAAAAAUGCGGUAAUUGGCUUGGCGCGCGAUCUUCGUGGAUUGGCUUUACCAUUGAACGCUCGAAUUCAGUAUACUAUGUUGUUUGAUUGGCUGUACUAUACAGAAUAUUUACUAAUAUUUUUGCGGGCUGUGGAACUUUGGGCACACGAUCCAGCGGUUACAACGCCAGUUUUAAAACUCUUUGCCGAGCUAGUGCAUUGUCGUACCCAGCGGUUGUCAGGCAAUGUGUCAAGCCCUAUUGGGAUUUUAUUAUUUCGAGAGGCAUCGAAGCUUAUUUGUUUAUAUGGAAAUUGUAUCUUGCAGCUUGAAGUUCCUUAUGAUCGACUAUAUUCUAUGAAACUUAAAGGAAUUUCUAUAUGCUUUCUAAUCUUAAAAAACUCUCUUGGUGGAAACUAUGUAAAUUGUGGUAUCUUUAAAUUAUAUGGAGACAAUACGCUAGACAAUGUUCUUAAUAUUAUUGCAAAAUUAAUUCUUUCUAUAAACCAAAAUGAUUUGCUCGAAUACCCCAAACUAUCAACAUCAUAUUACAAUUUCUUAAAUUGUCUUUCCCAAGAACAUGUUACUUAUCUUGCCGCAUUGGAACCAUCUGCAUUUAUGUACAUAUUAGAAACUCUUACAAAGGGAAUUGAAGCAUCCGAUUCUGCAACUUAUAUUAUUUGCUGUACCAUUUUGGAUAGCAUUGUUUCUUAUAUUUUUAAACAGUUGCAAAUAAAAGCGAACACAUUUCCAAUAAAAAAGCUUCAUACUUUGACCCAUGAAAAUAUAAAAUUUUUAAAGGUUGUGGAGAUGAAUUCCGAAUUACUUCAGAGUAUGCUGUCAUUAUUAUUAAAUAAUGUUUUAACGGAAGACUGCCGAAAUCAGUGGUCUAUGUCACGCCCAUUAUUAGUACUUAUUUUACUUUACGAGGACUAUUAUCGUUCCUUAAAAAACAAAAUCAUUAAUGGACAACCUGUGGAUAAACAACGUGCAAUGGUUCAGUGGUUUGAUGAUCUUAUGCAUGGUAUAGAAAGAAAUGUAACUAGCAAAAACAAGGAAAAGUUUACGCAAAACUUGUCAACUUUUCGUCGUGACCUUGUGAAUUUUCCGCAAACAACUAAUUAUUAAUUAGAUGUUAAAUGGCCAGCCUCCGGAUAAACCUUGAGCACCCGCCAUGACAUUAAAAAA